ACCCCAGCUAGACCAAAAAGACGCGACACCCGAGCCCCUCCGGCCGGAAGACUAUAGCCUCCCGGCAUGCAGCGCACCUCCCUCCGUUAGGUUUGAGUCGCGGCCGGCGCGUUGCCCAUCGGGAGUUGUAGGCAGCGGCGCGUUGCCCUGACGCCGGCCGGGCCGGGCGUGGGGGCCUGUGGGAGGUGGCGCGGCCUGGCCCAGCUGCGGGGCGGAGGCGGAGGACAGGCCUGCGGCUGCAGGGAGCGGCCGGGCUGGGAGCGGGCGCCGGAGCCGAGCCGAGCCGAGCCGGAGCGGGCGGCGAAGGCCGGCGCGGCGAGCAGCAAUCAUGUCGGUGUUCGGGAAGCUGUUCGGGGCUGGAGGGGGUAAGGCCGGCAAGGGCGGCCCGACCCCCCAGGAGGCCAUCCAGCGGCUCCGGGACACGGAGGAGAUGUUAAGCAAGAAGCAGGAGUUCCUGGAGAAGAAGAUCGAGCAGGAACUGACGGCCGCUAAGAAGCACGGCACCAAAAACAAGCGCGCGGCCCUCCAGGCACUGAAGCGCAAGAAGAGGUAUGAGAAGCAGCUGGCACAGAUUGAUGGCACGUUAUCAACCAUCGAGUUCCAGCGGGAGGCCCUGGAGAACGCCAACACCAACACUGAGGUGCUCAAGAACAUGGGCUAUGCGGCCAAGGCCAUGAAGGCUGCCCACGACAACAUGGACAUCGAUAAAGUUGAUGAGUUAAUGCAGGACAUUGCUGACCAGCAGGAACUUGCAGAGGAGAUUUCAACAGCAAUUUCAAAACCUGUAGGGUUUGGAGAAGAGUUUGACGAGGAUGAACUCAUGGCAGAAUUAGAAGAACUAGAACAGGAGGAACUAGACAAGAAUCUGCUGGAAAUUAGUGGACCUGAAACAGUCCCUCUACCAAAUGUUCCCUCUAUAGCCCUACCAUCAAAACCCGCCAAGAAGAAGGAAGAGGAGGACGACGACAUGAAGGAAUUAGAGAACUGGGCUGGAUCCAUGUAACUGGGCCAGUGCGGGCUGCGCCCAGACAGACUCUGAUGGCCUGCGUGGUGGGCAGGCGCGUGUGUGUGCGGGGCAGGCAGGACGUGGUGCAGGCAGGUUCCAUCGCUCUCCAGUCUCACUCCAAAGCAGUAGGGCCACAUUGCUGCUCACUCUCUGCAUAGCAUGGUCUGCACCCGGUGGGACGGGUGGGGGGAGGGGGGCGGGCGGGAUGGGAGGUGCCUGCUGUUUAUAAUGUUGAAUUUCUGUAAAAUAAACUGUAUUUGCAAAUCCAACAUUGAGCUUCUGGACUACGCUAACUCCACUGCUGAAUCCUCAAUGGAAAGGGUCGACCAUUUGCAGUUGAAAUGACCUGAAAAUGUAGCCUCUGUUCUUUUAAGUCAGUUGACUUGUCGCACAUCUCUUUGUAUACUUGUAUGGUACUGGCAGAAAAGUCGUUUUUUAAAAGCCAUAGGCUUUUCCUUGUCCUUAGCUGUAAUAAUGCAUCUGAUUUUGAUUUCCUCGAGAGCUGUAUUUCUGUCCAUCACCUGUGUACUGGCUCUGUGUCUACCACUCUGGCCCACUCCUCGCUCCUACUCCCGUGGUCUUUUGGAGUUUGUAACACUAAUUUGAAAUGGAUGGUGUUCUCUUGAGAGCAAGUGAGAUUGUUAGAAUUAAGUUCCAGCUAUACAGUUUUCUAACAUAGCUCUAAGGUCCUUGUUGCUGUUUGUGAUAACUGAUAGAUAUCUCAUUGAAAACAUGCAUACAUUUAUAUUCAGAUGAAAUUAUGGUUUGCACUGUCUAUUAAAUAUCUCAAUUAAUUUUCAUA